UUUCAUGAUUUAAUGCUUUAGAGAAAUAGACAUAGCCUAUAUGAGUUCUUGCCUACCAUUUACAACAGUUAUAAAUAAGGAUAUAUUUUAUUGCAAUCUAGCCUAAGAUUUUUGCGUCUGCACAAUAGAAACAGAAACUAAAAUUAGCCUAGGUUAGGUCCUGAGCUUGUGUUAACCAGUGACUUAGGACUCAACCGAAUAAAAUAUGGAAAAUAACUCAGUUGAAGUGACUAGAAGAAAUUUAAAGUGUGAAAUGAAUGUUUUAAAAAAUCCAGAUGGUUCAGCCUUAUUAUCUCAAGGGGAAACUGUAUAUUUGGCAGCAGUAUAUGGACCUAUUGAAGUGAAAAUGCAAAAAUUCCAGAUUGAUAAAGCAUGUAUUGAGACAUCAUACAAGCCUAAGUCUGGUCAAUCUUGUGUUAGUGAUAGGAUCAAAGAAAACUUUAUAAAGAAUAUCUGUGAGGCUGCACUGUUAACGUCACUACAUCCCAGAACUGCUAUCAACAUUGUUGUUCAAGAAAUGCAAGACUGUGGUGGAGGUUUAGCGUGUGCUGUCAAUGCCGCUUGCCUCGCUCUCAUCAACUCUGGAUUGUCCAUGGAGUACUUAGUGGCUGCCGUCUCUUGUAUGAUUGAUGAAGAUGGUGAAGUAAUCGUUGAUCCGGAUAACAAACAGUUACAGGGAGCACAAGGUACUAUGACAAUCGUGUUUGACAAUGUGCUGUGUGACAUCAUCGGCCUACACACGGAUGGUCUCAUAUCUGAGCAACAACACCAAGAGGCAGUCACCAAGUGUAGGCUGUGUGCAGAACAGUUCUUUGUGUACUUGAGAGAUGUUGUUUGUAGAUAUGCCGGUACUAUUUAGUUUGUUAUGGAUUUUUUAUAAAUUGUUUUUGUACUAA